AGAUACAUUAUGUUCCAACACUGCUUGUGUGCAUGCUUUGUCUGACCUCCUGUGGAUACCAGCAGCAAGCAAAUGCUCUGAACAGAACCGAAACAAACAAUGGCCUGUCUUACAAUGACAAAUAUGGAAGGUACAGAAGCUUCUACCAUCCACCAGAAUGGUGACAUCCAUGGGAAUACCAGUACACCCAAGCAGACAGAACCGUUGCUUCAAGUGUACCUUUAUCAUUCUCCUGGGAAGACAGGAGGAGAUUACCUUCAAUUUCCAGCUGGAGAAUAUGUUGCAGAAGAGAUUUGCACUGUUGCCUGUCAAGCCUGUGGUAUCAUGCCAGUGUAUCAUAACAUGUUUGCACUCAUGAGUGAAACAGAGAGAAUGUGGUAUCCCCCAAAUCACAUCUUCCAUGUCGAUGAAGCAACCAGACUCAUCCUAAUUUACCGGAUAAGGUUUUAUUUUCCCCACUGGUAUUGCAAUGGCACCAGCAGAGCAUAUCGGUAUGGCAUUCUUCGAGGUGCAGAAAGCCCUGUUCUUGAUGAUCUUGUCAUGUCUUACCUAUUUGCACAGUGGCGAGAUGAUUUUUUGGGUGGAUGGAUACAGAUGCCUGUUACUCAUGAAACACAAGAAGAAUGCCUUGGAAUGGCUGUUCUGGAUAUGAUGAGAGUGGCCAAAGAAAAGGACCAAACCCCACUGGCUAUUUACAAUUCAGUCAGCUACAAAAUGUUUUUGCCUAAAUGUGUGCGAGCAAAAAUCCAAGACUACCAUAUUUUGACGCGAAAAAGAAUAAGGUACAGGUUCCGCAAAUUUAUACAACAGUUUGGCCAAUGCAAAGCUACUGCCAGAAACUUGAAACUUAAGUAUCUUAUAAAUCUGGAAACCCUUCAGUCUGCCUUCUAUUCAGAGGUUUUUGAAGUAAAAGAACCUGGUGGAGAUCUUUCUGGAGAGGAACGUUUUGCAACCAUUGUAAUAACUGGAAAUGGUGGAAUUCAGUGCUCAAGAGGAAAACUUAAAGACUGUGACACACUGGCAGAGCAGGAUUUACAAACAUACUGUGAUUUUCCUGAUAUCAUUGAUGUCAGCAUUAAGCAAGCAAGCCAAGAAGGCUCCAGUGAGAGAAGAAUUGUCACCAUUCACAAACAAGACAGCAAGAAUCUG